UAACGGCGCGCUCCCGAGCCGGCUUGCGGCGGCGCAGCUCUCCUCCCGCUCCGCCCGUGCAGAGGAGCGCGGAUCCCCCGCGGAUCCCCCGCGGAUCCAGGCCGGGUUUUGCGGCGAAACCGGCGAGCGCAGAUUCUUGUGUCGCUAGUCGUCUAGGCAGCUCUGAGCGGCGGGGGAUCAUGGUGCUGGAGGAACUGUGGGCCGCGCUCUCGGGCGCCUCCGGGGCUGCCCUGGCCUGCUGCUUCGUGGCGGCGGCGGUGGCUCUACGCUGGUCCGGUCGCGGGAGGGCGCGGGGCGCGGCGGCCCGGGCGCGACAGAGACAGAAAGCGGCCCUGGAAAGCAUGGACAAGGCGGCGCAGCGCUUCCGGCUCCAGAACCCCGACCUGGACUCAAAGGCACUGCUGGCCCUGACUCUGCCUCAACUGGUACAGAAGUUACACAAUGGGGAGCUGUCCCCGCAGGCUGCACUCUUCACCUAUAUGGGAAAGGCCUGGGAAGUGAACAAAGAGACCAACUGUGUGACCAACUACCUGGCAGACUGUGAGACUCAGCUGUCCCAGGCCCCCAAACAGGGCCUGCUCUACGGUGUCCCCGUGAGCCUCAAGGAGUGCUUCAGCUACAAGGGCCAGGACUCGACCUUGGGCUUGAGCGUGAAUGAGGGGGUGCCAGCAGAGUAUGACAGCGUGGUGGUUCAGGUGCUAAAGCUGCAGGGCGCCGUGCCCUUCGUGCAUACCAACGUGCCCCAGUCCAUGUUCAGCUAUGACUGCAGUAACCCCCUCUUCGGCAAGACCACGAACCCGCGGGAUCCCUCCAAGAGCCCAGGUGGCUCCUCAGGGGGAGAAGGAGCCCUCAUUGGAGCUGGAGGAUCCCUGCUGGGCUUAGGCACUGACAUCGGGGGCAGCAUCCGCUUUCCCUCCUCCUUCUGUGGCAUCUGCGGCCUCAAGCCUACAGGGAACCGCCUCAGCAAGAUUGGUCUGAAGGGCUGUGUCUACGGACAGCUGGCAGUACAGCUCUCAGUUGGCCCCAUGGCCCGGGAUGUGGAGAGUCUGGCGCUGUGCCUGCGAGCACUGCUGUGUGAGGACAUGUUCCGGUUGGACCCCACCGUGCCCCCCCUGCCCUUCAGGGAGGAGAUCUAUGCAAGCUCUCGGCCCUUGCGUGUGGGGUAUUAUGUGACAGACAAGUAUACCAUGCCCACCCCAGCCAUGAAGCGGGCUGUGCUGGAGACCAAGCAGAGACUGAAGGCGGCUGGCCACACGCUGGUUCCCUUCCUGCCAAGCAACAUACCCUACGCUCUAGAGACGCUAUCGACCGGUGGGCUGUUCAGUGAUGGCGGUGGCAGCUUCCUACAGAACUUCAAAGGUGAUUUCGUGGACCCCUGCUUAGGGGACCUGAUAUGGAUUCUGAAGCUGCCCGAGUGGCUUAAAGGACUGCUGGCUUUUGUGCUGAAGCCUCUGCUCCCACGGUUGGCGGCCUUUCUCAGCAGCAUGAAGUCUCGGUCCACCGGGAAGCUCUGGGAACUGCAGCACGAGAUCGAGGUGUACCGCAGCUCUGUGAUUACCCAGUGGAGAGCACUGGACUUGGAUGUGCUGCUCACGCCCAUGCUGGGCCCUGCUAUGGACUUGAAUGCCCCAGGCAAGGCCACAGGGGCCGUCAGCUACACUCUGCUCUACAACUGCCUGGACUUCCCAGCGGGGGUGGUGCCUGUCACCACGGUGACGCUCGAGGAUGAGGCCCAGAUGGAGCAUUGCAGAGGCUACUUUAGAGAUACGUGGGACAAGGUGCUGUGGAAGGCCAUGAAGAAGAGCGUGGGGCUGCCUGUGGCCGUGCAGUGUGUGGCUCUGCCCUGGCAGGAAGAGUUGUGUCUGCGGUUUAUGCGGGAGGUGGAACGACUGAUGACCCCUGAAAAGCAGCCAUUCUGACUGCUGCCUGCCUGGCCACCCAGCCGGCUCCAGAGGACCCACUGGAUCUGCGUCCAGCCUGGUCAGGGCACAGCUGCCAUCCUGCAAGGAAACGUUCACUUGGGGCAGAGGCUGCCUCCCCCCCGCCCCCUUCCAAGAAGCCAAGUCCUCCUGAGUCUGGACCUUGCCCCUCAGUCUGGUCCCCAGUUUCUGCCCUGACCCCCUCCCCAUGUGGCAGCCAGUGGGUAUGCCAUAGGCAAGGCCCCACUAACAGUAAAAAAUGGUUUCUAGUCUGUGUACUUUCUGGCCGUCACUGUAGGGCACUGGGGGUUGGAGCCUUGACCUUUUAGAGCCCGAUUCCAGCCAUGUCAGUUUCCUGCUCCCAAACCUCCCCUGGUUCCCAUGAUACAGGAUGGACACAGGCUGCUCCGAGUGGGUGUUGCACACCCAGCACUUCACUCUCCCCCGCGCCCUGCCUUCGAUGAAGUCCUGCUUUGCUAGGCAUUGCCCUUUCUCUUCUUCCUUCCUUUGCUCCUUCCUUCUGCUGAGGAAGCCCUUUCUGCUCCUCUACCUUUGGAUACUCUGAGGCCCAGCUCAGACCCCUUUUCUCCAGAAGGCCUUCCCUCCUGCCUCUGAGCCUUGGAGUAGGUGGCCAGUUUCCCAAAGUCUGCCCCGUAUGCUGGGCAUCUGUGUGUGGGGAGCUGCCUCUCAGCAUUCUGGCUCUCCUUGAUGGCAGGGACUCUAUUGUAUAUCUUUGUCCUCAGUGGCCAACACCGGGCUGGGCACAGGGCAGCAGGGAGUCUGGAGUGCUGACCCUGAGCUGGCACCAUUGGAGUGCUGACCCUCUGGUAGUGAGUCCACAGGCCUGGGGAGGUGAGCACCAGACCGGCGAUCUGGUAGAGAGUGCUCACGGGCCAGCCAAGGCUUCCUGAAGGAGGAGGGCCUCUGUUGAGUCUAGAUGAUUCCCAGAGGCUGAGAUCGGGGACGAGGACAUCCCAGGGAGAAGGAACAAUAGUACGCCCAAAGACCAGGAUGAGUUUGGCAGAUGGAGGCAUGUUGAAUGGGUGCAGGAGAAGGAGCAAAAAUGUAGGUGGUGUCAGAUCCAAGUGGAUUUGAGGGGCCAGUUCAGGAACUGGAAUCCUAUCUCAAGGGCAAUGGGGAGCUCUUGCAGGAAGGAGAGUAGACUGGAUGGAUAGAGGCUGCAGAGGGAUAAAGAGGUUGCUCCAUUUUCCUAAUUGGGAAGGAGGCCUGAGGCCUGAGCUAGGGUGGGGGUCCAGUGGCAGAGAGAGGUGGUUUGGGAAUUGACAGUUGAGAUGCAAGUGAGCUGUCAGCUCAGUCUGCCAGGUCACCUCUUGCUGCACUGCGUUGCUUGACAGGUGGGAGGUUGGCUGGCUUGUGACAGACUUCUUGGCCCUACCAGCAGAACCCACUCACUCCUUCUUGCCCCCACCUCCCAGCCCUCGUGCUAACUCCCUGCUUGCUGUAGAAGGUGUUUCUGAGCCUGAGCCUCUGGUAAGGUAGGCCAUAGGCCUCACCUGGCCUACUUCAAAUUCUUUUCCGGACCAGCUGCCUUGCCAAGGAAGGCUUGCCUCUCCAUUCUGUUCCUCCAAAGGUGCUUCCCCUCAAGGUUGUACAACCAGUGGUAACUGCAUUCUCUGCCAAAGGUGUCUCUGCCUCGGUGGGGCCCCACACCUUGGAGCUGACUAGAGGGCCCAACCCACAUGGAUGCCUGUACCGGGGUGACCUAGUAGUUGCUGUACUUUGCCCUGGUUCCUUGUAACAGCUGUGUCAUUUCACCUAAUACUAUUCCAUAAAGCUACCUGCCAUCUG